AUUUUUUAUUGUCUUCUUAUAAAUUUUAGAUCCCGCUGUACCUGCGGAGUCUCAGUUCUUGGAUUCUUGAGAUCAUCGAAACCAGCCUUGUCCAUGCAAAUUCGAAGAAUCCGUCGUCCUCUUCCCGCUUCUUCUCUUUCUCCUCCGAAAACUCCAUGCGAGAAACAUUCAAAUGGAUGCAAAGAUCCUGUACCUGCAAAUCUAUGCGACCCGGUUGCGGUUUCUUCGUACUCAACCGCCAUGUCUUCCUUCUAUAAAUAGCAAUCUUUCGAUCGUAUCGCUCUCCGUUGCAUUGCAUCCUCUUCUUUGUUCCUGCUUUUCUGUUAUCGAGUUCCGAGGUUGUUGAGGCGAUGUCUUCCGUGUUCUUUUGUCCAUCAACUGUGUGGCCUGCUGGGGAGAAGAUAGGAUUUGGGUAUUCUUCAGUACGGGGGUGGCGGAGUACCGGCGUUGGAGGGGUGGCCUCGGUUUAUUUGCGCCCGAUCCGGGCUAAGAUGGCAGCUGAUAGGUUUCGCGGACGGAGUGGGGAGUUUAUUGAGGAGAAUGGCAAGUGCGACUGUUCCGUUACGGAAAGAAAUACUUUGGUGCUUUCAAAUGUUGGAAAUUCAACAAACAUUGCAUGGCAUGAAUGCCCUGUUGGAAAACAUGAGCGACAAAAGUUAUUGAAGCAAAAAGGUUGUGUCAUUUGGAUCACGGGUCUAAGUGGAUCAGGCAAAAGCACUUUGGCGUGUGCCCUUAGUCGAGAAUUACAUAUGCUCGGAUAUCUUUCGUAUGUGCUUGAUGGGGACAACGUUAGGCAUGGUCUAAACAAAGAUCUUGGUUUCAAAGCAGAGGAUCGUUCUGAAAACAUUCGUAGAAUUGGCGAGGUAGCAAAACUUUUUGCUGAUGCUGGUAUAAUAUGCAUUGCUAGUUUGAUAUCACCAUACCGGGUAGACCGCGACGCCUGUAGGGCUAUGAUGCCUUACUCAACUUUCAUUGAAGUUUUCAUGGAUAUACCUUUGGAAAUUUGUGAAUCAAGAGAUGCAAAGGGCCUAUACAAGUUGGCACGUUCUGGAAAGAUAAAAGGAUUUACAGGGAUUGAUGAUCCUUAUGAGCCACCUUUGGAGUCUGAGAUAUUGCUAGCACCAAUUGAUGGAGUGUGCCCUUCGCCUGUAUCAAUGGCUAAGCAAGUGAUAUCAUACCUCGAUGAUAAAGGAUUUUUAGAGGCUUAACGAUGGGAGUAUUGCCCCCUAAACCCUAAAGCUUUCACAGGAGAAAACCAUCACAUAUAUAACCUAUAUAACCAGUAAUAGAGGAAGAAGUGCAGAAGCUCAUAACUCUCUCGCUCUUCUUUGAAGUGUAAAUACAGAAGAGAUAGUAAAGAAGUUGCUCGCUACUUCCACUGUAAGCAACUUCAUUUGAAAGCAUUAUAGAUUAAAGCUAAAGAGCUGAUAAAAAGUUCUCAGGAAGACUAUCAGAAACAAGUUAUGAUUUUUUUUACGCGCCAUUUGUUUUAUGUGAUUUUGUACAGGACUAGCUUCAGUGUUUUUCUAUUUGAGCCUCUGAACAUUCUCCUCA